UAUAAAAACACACAUCCACACCAUCCAAUCCCUUUCUCCUGCUUCGGUAACUACACAAAUCAGUUUCAGGCCAAAGAAAAUAAGAAAGAAAGAGAGAAAUUGGCGGUGCUCUACCACCGAUCGCUCAUCGGAUUCCGGCGAACUUCAGAUCGCUUUUCUUGCUUCUCCGAAAUUUGUUCCUUCACUACUUUUGGAGGCAUUUUGUUGUUGGUCGUUAUACUCUUUUACUGGAAAAUUGUUAUAUAUGGGCUGAGGCGCAUUUUUCAUGGGAGGUGUGGAAGAUGAAGAACCAGCUUUAAAACGAACGAAAUUGUUGUCUAAAGGAUUAAACAGUCUCUCUAACGGUUCAUCUUCUGUGGAGCGUGUUGUAGGAUCUUCGAGUGAGUUGAUGGCUCGGCCCCUAUCAUCUGAAGGGGACAACGAAGUUGUUGGUUCAAAAGGGAUCAUAAAAAAAGGGGAGUUUGUAAGGAUAAUCACGAAGGCAUUGUAUUCUCUCGGUUAUAAAAAGACCGGGGAAAAUCUAGAGGAGGAGUCUGGCAUACCGUUGAAUUCGUCUGUGGUAAAUGUGUUUAUGCAGCAGGUGCUUGAUGGUGAUUGGGAGGAAAGUGUAUCCACAUUGAAUAAAAUUGGUCUUGAAGAUGAAAGAAUUGUUAGAGCCGCCUCAUUUUUAAUAUUGGAGCAGAAAUUUUUUGAGCUUCUCGAUGGGGAUAAGGUUAUGGAUGCAUUGAAGACAUUGAGGACUGAGAUUACAGAACUUUGUGUUGAUAGUGCUAGAAUUCGUGAACUUUCUUCUUGCUUAUUGUCACCAUCCGACCAAUGCGGUUCUUCUGGUCGAGAUUUUAUAAGGGCGAAGACUCGGUUGAAACUGCUGGAGGAACUACAAAAACUGAUUCCCCCGACUGUAAUGAUUCCUGAGAAUAGGUUGGAACAUCUAGUUGAACAAGCCCUCAUUUUGCAACGAGAUGCUUGCUCGUUUCACAACUCAUUGGAUAAGGAGAUGUCAUUAUAUUCAGAUCAUCACUGUGGAAAAACUCAGAUACCAUCUAGAACAUUACAGAUAUUAGAUGCCCAUGACGAUGAAGUAUGGUUUGUACAAUUUUCACAUGAUGGGAAAUAUUUAGCCACAGCUUCAAAUGAUCGAACUGCAAUCAUUUGGGAGGUAGACACAAAUGAUGGACUGUCUAUGAAGCAUAAAUUAUCUGGUCACCAGAAAUCUGUUUCAUCUGUUUCCUGGAGUCCUAAUGGCCAAGAGCUUCUUACAUGUGGAGUGGAGGAAGCUGUUAGGCGUUGGGAUGUCUCUACGGGUAAAUGCCUGCAAGUUUAUGAAAAGAAUGGUUCUGGCCUGAUCUCCUGUGCAUGGUUUCCUUGUGGAAAGUAUAUACUUUCUGGCCUCAGUGACAAAAGCAUUUGCAUGUGGGAAUUAGACGGGAAAGAAGUUGAGUCUUGGAAAGGACAGAAAACCCUCAAGAUUUCUGAUUUGGAAAUAACAGGUGAUGGGGAACAUAUUCUGAGUAUUUGUAAAGAAAAUGCAAUACUGCUCUUCAAUAAAGAAACGAAGGUUGAGAGAUUUAUUGAAGAGGAUCAGACUAUAACAUCAUUCUCUUUGUCAAAGGAUAGCAGAUUCUUGUUGGUUAAUCUUCUGAACCAGGAAAUACAUCUUUGGAAUAUAGAAGGAGAUCUUAAGCUUGUUGGUAAAUAUAAAAGUCAUAGACGCUCCCGGUUUGUUAUUAGAUCUUGCUUUGGAGGGCUUAAGCAAUCGUUUAUUGCUAGUGGAAGUGAGGAUUCACAGGUUUACAUAUGGCACAGAAGCUCAGGGGACUUGGUAGAUGCGUUGCCCGGUCAUUCUGGAGCCGUUAACUGUGUGAGCUGGAAUCCAGCUAACCCCCACAUGUUGGCCUCAGCAAGUGAUGACCGGACAGUCCGGAUAUGGGGCUUAAAGUGUCUGGAUGCGAAGUACCCAAAUGCAUACAGCAAUGGCAACAGUCAUCACUGCAAUUGUGGGGGAACUUAGAUGAAGUAAAACUAUUUCAUUUUCCAUUUUUAUCAUUGCUAUUGUGUAAAUAAAUACCUUUACUGUCCUUACAAGUUACAAGUAGACACUCAUUUUCCAUUUUUAUCAUCUGACUUUUUAGCAGUCUCAAAAUAACCUUUAUGGUUCA